UUUUGUGGUGGCAGCUGCGCUCGCAACCACGUUUCUAAUAUGUGAGAUAUAACACUUGGGCCCUGGUGAGGAGGAAGAAGACAAAAAGUUCAGCAGUACAUGCCUUCCUGUGGCCUCUCGAGCUUGAGAACUUCUUUCUGAUUGCAGCUUGUCCAUGUGACUCGGUUUCCGCUGCAUGCUUCCGUGAAUAGUAAAACAGAGGUGUCAGUGCCUCUGUCGGAGUAUGGCACAUAAAGAUCACGCAUGAGAAGACACUACAGCGGAGCGUGAGGCAGCGAUGUGGUCAUGGGAGCAGGCAUCAGUGGCUUGGGGAAUCCAUACCUAACCACCACUUGAAGAUGUUAAAAUGUCAGUUCACGGUCCAGCAUCCAUCCUCUUUUGCUUGCUAUUAUCCAUGUUGACCAUCCUCACACCAGCCUCAAGUCAUCCACCACGCAGUCAAUGCAAGCUGACACAAAGAACCGCUCUCUGCAACAACAGUAACCUGACGUCAGUACCUGUGGGACUACCGGCCAGCACUGAGGAGCUUCAGCUCAAUGACAAUCUUAUCAAGACACUACACGACAACUCUCUUCAUUACCCCUCACUCACUACCCUCAGCUUAGCCUGCAACCACCUGGAGAAAUUACACGCAAACACUUUUCAACAUUCCAAAUUGUUAAAAGGUCUAAAUUUAGCAAAUAACAAUCUGGAUGUGAGUUACUUAGAAACCAGCAGCGCUUUAAAAACGUUGCGCCAUCUUAAAUCGUUAGAUCUAUCAGUGAAUAAAUUGGACGAAGAAAUGACUGCAGUCCUUCUUCAAAAUCUGACAUCCCUGGAGUACCUAAAUCUUUCGGGGAAUCUCCUACGGCGUUUGGACGAGAGCUCUUUCAGGGAUCUUCAGCAGCUCAAAGAACUGGAUUUGCAGAGGAACCUACUGUUUGAGAUUGACAACGCCUUCGACAACACUCCCAGAUUACAGCGGCUUAAUUUGGCCCUCAAUUAUCUGCCUUGCCUGAUGGACUUCCACAUGACCCAGCUGGUAGUCCUCAACGCUAGCCACAACUUCAUCGAAUGGUUCAUCUCCAGGCAGGAAAUUAACGACACUUUCCAAUUAGAGACGCUCGAUCUGUCCGAUAACAAUCUGCUCUUCUUUCCGUUCUUACCCACUGUUAGUCGCUUACGGAAUCUGUACCUGUCCCACAACAUUGUGAGUUUUUACGAGCACCUGGAUGACAACGUCACAUUCCCCAAUUUGACCGCCACGGUCAAGUUCUACAACCUGAGGAAGAACACCGAGAACAUUACGGCUAAGCUGUGGGACGACAGUCUUCACGGCGACAUCUCCUCGGUGGAGAUUUUAGAUCUACGAGCAAAUCAGUUGCAGUACUUCCCACAUGGAUUCAUCCAUAAAAUGCCUUCGCUGUCCAGACUACGAAUGUGUACCAAUUGUCUGGAAAGCUUAAAUCUAACGUCGGAGCAAUUCUCUGGGAACUUGUAUGAAUUAGACGUUAGCAACAACAGACUGAAAGAGAUUGUAGCGAAUGACGUUACAUUGAGAACUCUAAGCAAUUUGACAUACGUUAACCUAAGCAUGAACGAGCUGGACUGCCUAUCUUCUGGACUGUUUUUUCCCUUGCCAAGUCUUAGGUCAGUGGACCUCAGCUACAACAACAUAUGCCUUCCUCAGGCUAAUUCAGGUUUAGCUUGGAAAGUCACCGCGUCCUUACGGAAGCUUUACCUGAAGGGAUGCCACCUUGCGAGAAUUCCACCUUUUGCAUUCUCUGGACUGUCACUGACACAUUUAGAACUCUCUGAAAACCCUGGACUAAGAGGGCAAGAAUCCAUUAAAAUUCUGAGUAGAACGUUAAACCACCUAGGUUUGGGAAACACACACGUUGGUGACUUGGACUUCAGGGACUUUGUGAAUCUGAAGUCUCUGAAUAUUUCAUGCAACUCUCUUGCACAUCUUCCAGCUUCAAUCUUGAGUCUGGACUUAAAAGAGCUUGAUUUGAGGGAAAAUAAGCUGACUACUAUUCCUUCAGAUCAAGCUAACACAUUAGCAUCUAAACUUCACACUGUUUUUCUCACUGGAAAUCCAUUCAACUGCUGCCAAUCCGAGUGGUUUAGGACCUUUGAAGCCACAAAGACAAUCCACAUGGUCGGACAGUCGGACAUUGAAUGUAUGGAUCUCUCCCGAACACACAGCAUUAGGCGUCCUCAGACAUUUUUUUGUCAUGAGGAAUAUGGAGAAUCUAUUUUUUGGUACAUUCUCCUUUUUGUACCUCUUUGCAUUUGUUUUGUGGUUAUUUCAAUGACUGUAUUAUGCACUGUGAAGCCUAAAGUGAUACAAAGAUCAAUCAAAAAGAAAUAUCUAAAGCCUACGUCCUAUUGAUGCUUUUAUGCUGUUAUAAUAAUAGGUUGCAAAAGGGUGUACAUCUAAAUAAAGUAAAACCUUUCGCAAACUGAAAGCAUACCAUAUGUACUUUGUAACCAGUGACCAAUUCCAUGAGAAAAAUCUGUUGUUUAUUUGUGAAGGGUGAUCAGUUUUACUGUAGGCAGAAGUGCACAUACUUUUUUUUUUUUUUGGCUUCAAGAGCUACUCUUCAAGGAGAGAACCUCCCGCGAUCUACCUUAACAGCAAGGGGGUGGGUAAAAAAAAACAGAAACACGCAAAAAAAAAAAAUGAGGAGCAGAAGUAUUUGCACCCCUUGUGAUUUUGCAAGUUCACCCUCUUAGAAAAUAGGUAGAGAUCUGAAAUCUCAAUCAUUGAUGCAUUUCCACUUAAAGAGACAUAAUAUAAAAAAAUCUGGAACUCACAUUGAAUUAUUUUUAGGGCUGUCAAAAUUAUCGCGUUAACGGGUGGUAAUUAAUUAUUUAAAUUAAUCACGUUAAAAUAUUUGACGCACUUAACGUGCAUUUAUUGUUUUAAUAUACAAAUACAGUACAUAUGUACUGUAUGUUGAAUGUAUAUAGCCGUCUUGUGUCUUAUCUUUCCAUUCCAACAAUAAUUUACGGUAAAAUAUGGCAUAUUUUAUAGAUGGUUUGAAUUUCGAUUAAUUACGAUUAAUUAAUUUUUAAUCUGUGAUUAACUCGAUUAAAAAUUUUAAUAGUUUGACAGCCCUAAUCAUUUUUCAAUAAAUUAUUUGUAAUUUACUGGGGUACAUUAGUAUUUGUACCCCUGAGAAAAUCAGUGCUAAUAUUUAGUGCAGAAGCCUUUGUUGGAAAUUACAGAGGUCAGACGCUUUCUGUAGUUCUUCAUCAGUUUUUUUUUUUUUUUACAUAUAGAAACAGGGAUUUUGGCACAUUCCUCCACACAAAUGUUCUCUAGAUCUGUCAGGUUUCGUGCAUUAGUGGAUUUUAAGGGGGGGGCCAGGCCCCCUGGUGGCCGAAAAAUAUCAUCGCAUGAAAUUGACUUCCUAUAUAAAAAUUGUAAAGCAAUAAAACUGCAACAAAAAUGAAUGAAAUUAACAAAAAUAUUUUUAGAAUGGGUCAAAAUUAUUCUUCGAACAGAUCAUGUGACUAGUACCUUAGACGGUCAUUUGCUUUGCAUAAGAUCCCCCCCCCUCCCAAAAAAAAAAAAAAAAAAUUAGGGGAGGGCAAUUUUAUUUUUCAAAUGAUUUUUUUUCUUUGAUUGAAAAUAUUUUUUUUGAUUGAAGCAACUUUUUUCGGUGGAUUGAAUGAUUUAGACACAAAUGUCCUACCCGUAAUAUGGGCAUUAACUAUACCCAUCUCGACGCGACAAUCUGUAUAUAUAAAAAAAAAGUUGUCCGAGAGUUUAAGACGAUGCUUGCCAUUAGCAUUAGCCUAAUGCUAAUGUGAGCAUAGCAUAGCGUUAAACACGAAUGCUACGCUACCAGUUACAUUUAGUGUGUAUUGAUCACUGAGCAUAGACGAGUGUUUUUCAACCUUUUCUGAGUUAUGUAAAAACGUGCCCUUGGAUAAAAUCUCGCGGUACACCUCAAACCAAAAAUGUUCCAAAAUUACUUUCUGUACAGUAUGUUUAAUUAUAAAACAAUUUCUCAGUAUUUUUACUUUCUCAGUAUUAGGCCUGUCGCAAUAACAAAUUUUAGUGUGCGAUAAUUUAUCUAAUAAAUUAUUGCAAUAUGCGAUAUUAUUGCGCCCCCCCAAUUUUUUUUAAAACCAAUUUACAAUAACACAGUGAGAAUACAGUAUAUAUUAAUAGAUCAAGUACACCCAUUUAAACGGGAUAAGAAAGCACACCUAAAAACAAUAGACAGUGCCUCUUAAGAAAAAGACAACAAUAUUAAUACAGCACAGAAAUAAAGAAAAUGUGUUUUUCAAGAAAAGAAAAAUACACUUGCAGUUAAUAACUUAAGCAUUUAGGCAAAUGAAAACAUUUCCCCUCAAAGCUUCUGCAAUGGUGUUCCAUAGGGAUGCAGCGAUACAGUUAAGUCACGGUUCGGUACGAUUUUCGAUACAGGGGACACAAUUUUCGAUCCGAUUCAAUAUAUUUAAUCCUCAGAAAAAAAAAAAAAAUGUAUUUUUUGUUUCUUUUUUUUUUUUUGCAAACAAGCAAAAAUUAAAUUGCCAUCAUAUAAACAUGCAUUUUACUGCAUAAUAUCUAUGUGCUUACUUCUUACUGAUCUGAAGAAAUUUAGUAUAAAAGUGCUGAGAGGCGGGGCCCACUGUUGAUUGCUACAGCUCUCUUAGCAGCUAGGUUUACUACACGAGCAAGACAUCCUAUUUGUGGUCCGAAUCCAUCUGUGUCACGUACUGAAUUAACAAUAUUUGCAGCAUUAUCUAUAGUCACUGGUAUGGAUUGAUUUGGCCUUCUUAACUUCCAUUCAGUCAUGGCGGUUUAUAAUUCAUCGAUGUAGUAUAUGGACUACGUGUCCCAUAAUCACUCUGGGGUCACGUAGCCAAUGGCAUGGGACGCGCACAUCUGGUUUGCUAUUUCAUGAUAUCUAUUGUGUUCGCGCAUUAAAAAAGUUAGCAAACGUCAUGUCUGCUCAUUACUGCCCAACACCAGCAUAUGACAAUCGACUUUCAUAAACAGGAUGAGUUUGAAGCACAGCGCUCUUAAUUUGCCACCCAAAUAUCCGGUGUUGUGCCGAAAAAUAGCCGCCCCGCGUGAAAUGUCACCCCUGACGGGAGCGUCAACAACACCGGCACGCCGGAGAUGGUCCGCAGUCAAUCCAGAGCAUUGACGCGGCCAGUAUAUGUUGAAUAAUAGGAUAUAAUGGGAACGAUUGGCUCCGGCGCCAUUUUUUGAUGGACCUGGAACAAAGAUGCAUUUUGCACAGUUGGUAACGAAGAAUCCGAACUUUUAACAGCAUGUCUGCACACGCACGUGCACGCGAGGCGAUAAAUCGCAGCAGAAAAAUUACCGCCUUCAUUUUUAUUUGUCGUGCGAUAAAUGGAAUUAUUGCAUAUUGCGACAGGCUUACUCAGUAUGAAACUUGAGCAUGUUUAGAUGAACACAAAGCCGAUAUCCUGGCAGGAAUCUUCUUCAACAGCUCUCAGUCUCUCUCUGCUUUUAUUUUUUAUAGCAAUUAGGCUUGAAAAGCUCAGAAUUAUCAGACGGGGGACUUUAGCAAUGUCUUUAAAUGCAUCAGGGCCGAGCAUCUCUCUGACAAUGGCUUUGCAGCCAGGUAGUAUUAAUGUCCCUGCCACAAUGUGGCACUUUUUUGAUUGAGCAACAAGUUCAGCAACAAGGUAACGUUGAGGGCAUUCUCAUUUACCAUUGUAGUUUUUCUCAAAAAAGUUGCCUGUUUCUCUGUGUUUUCACAAAGGCGAACAAAAUAGUCCAUUGACUUGUUUUGAAGUGACGGGCGUUUCGUUUGGAGAUG